CAUAAUUAGUGAUUUUUUGUGUUAAUUUCUUCAUAUUUACGAAUUUUUAAAACCCAUGAACAUUUAAUAAAUCCACAAUCUUUUUCUAUUUCACGAACUUAUUCAAAACAGCAGCUCAGCCGGGAAAAAUCCGAAAAGCAAGCAAUGCGAGUUGAUCGAGCGAACAAACGAAGCUAAGCCGGAGCGAGGGAGCGAAGCCAGAGUGGGCCGUCCCAUGAAGUGGGCGCCAGUUGCUUAAGGCGCCACUUCGGAAGGAGGCUUUGCCAUGUUGGGCGUACGUGACGUGUUGAUGUGAAUGAUUCAUGGUCCGAAUCGGAACCGCACUCACGCACCGCCUAUGUACAUACGCGUUAGCGUGUCCAUAAAUUUGGAGACGCGCGGCACGGUGCGUGUGCGUGCGCGGCAUACGGGUACCAUACCACCACUCACGCCGAACUCCUCUCUUCGCUUCUCGAUCGGCGAUACCCACACGACUCGCCGACUCGCCGACCAACCGAUGGCGGCACCAGAAGCGUCCGGCAGUGGCUCCCAGGCGGGGGCCGAGCGGCGCCUGAGGAUGAUGUGCAGCCACGGCGGCUGCUUCGCGCCCUGCGGCCCGCACGGCGCGGCCCGGUACGUCGGAGGCGAGACCCGCGUCCUCGCCGUGCCGCGCGGGGUCUCCUUCCGCGAGCUGGUCGCGAGGCUCGAGGAGAUGCUGGCCAGCGGCGGCCGCAAGAUCGUGACAGCGCUCCGGUACCGCCUCGCCGACGACGAGGAAGUGCUCGUGUCCGCCACCUGCGACGAGGAGCUCGCCCACUUGCGCGACGAGUACGAUCGCCUGCAGGCCACGCGGCCGUCGGCGACCUUCCGGGUGUUCUUCUCCGGCGUCCAGCGGCCCGCGGCGUCUGGGCGUCCCCCGCUGCACCCGGGGACGCUGCGGCGCGUGCAGAGCGACCCGUGCACGGCCGCGCGCGUCGCCGGUCCAGCGCCACCACUGAUGCGGCGCGUGCAGACCGCGCAGGACCUCGCCCGCUUCCAGCCGUGCUGCUACUACGACAAGCCCGGCCGUGGCCCCGAUCAGUACGCGCCGCCGAUGCGCCCACUGCUCUCCGCCAUGUCCAAGAACUCGCACGGUGCGAUCCGAGAAGGCCCGGAGCUGCUGUUGGCCAAGGCAGCGGCCGCGAAGGCGAGAAGCAGAUUUGGAGUAUAUGCUAAUUGGAGAGAAGAACCGGCUAUGGCAGAUAAGAACCGGAUCGGAGUGCUUUCUGGGAGCUGGAGUGAAAUUAGGGUUUAGCUCUUCACAAGAGAACACUAGGGCUGUCCUGUCACUGCUAUGUACUCUUACCAAAGAAAGAAAAGUUGUAAAACCAUGUAGUACAUGAUUUCCAAUGAAAUGUUUCAUGUCCAGGAUCAA